GGCCCAACCUGUUCUCCUGGCUGGCUAGAAGCUUUUUAGGCAUUUAAGUGGCUGAUCCAUCCCAUCCUGGAUGACAGAGCAGCAGUGAUACACUGAGGAGGAGACAUCCGUCGCUGGGCUUUACUUAGGUGGAGGAGUCUCUGGCAGCAAUACAUGAUAACCUUGCUGUGGUUUGGAGUUUUAAUGAUUUCUCGUAUUAUGGUCUAAGCUCCAUGACAUGUGGAUGUAAAUACACCUAAGAAAUAAUGUUUCAAGUGAAGACCGGGGACAGCAGGAGUGCAAGCUUUUCAGAAAGCCUCAUCCUCGAUGACGCCGAGGAAGGAGUUGUCAUCGCGGGAAUCAAAGAUGACACACUGGCUGCAAAAAGUGGCCUGCAAGCCGGGGAUGAGCUUGUUGCAGCCACGAUACAUCUAGACCACCUCAAUAAAAAUGAGGUAAUGAACAUCCUGAAGGUCCUUGAGCCAUAUAAUGACAAUAUGAAGGUUGUGACUAAGAAGGACUUGACUGCCGGUGCUGGCCUCGGCUCCUUGGGCUUCGGGCUCAACAACUCUAAACAGAUGCUCCUAGAGGAGGACCUGUCACUGGAUCUUUCAGCUGGGAAACCAAACGCUUUCCUUGAUGGCCUGAGUGGAAAUCUAAAUGCUGCACAGGGGUUGGGGGGUGAAAUAAAGGGUCCCACUCUCAAUGGAGACCUUCCCAGUCUCAGUGUAAAUAAGCCCUCAGCUGAUAUCAAAACAGAUCUAGGUGGAACCCUCAAAACACCUGAUGUCAGUGUCUUAUCGCCGCAAGUCAACACUCCCAGUGCCUCGCUUGAUGUUGACAAACCAGAAAUCAAGACAGGCACCUUGAAGUACAAGGCCCCUGGGUUCAAAAUGCCACACUUCAAUUUUCCUCCAGCGAAAAAACCAAAAGCAGACAUAGAUGUGUCUGGUGACGUAGAUCUCCCUUCUGUCAGUGGUAAUGUGGAGACGCCAAAUGUUGAGUUGUCAGGUUUGGACCUAGAUAGGCCAAAGUUAGACCUAAAUGGUACUGGUAGAAAGUGGCACCUUAAAAAAUGGAAAGGUCCCAAAAUUAAAGGACCUGAUGCCCAUCUAAAUGCUGACCUGCCAGCAGCUGAUGUCAACCUCCCCCAAGCAAAGACUGAUGUGGAUCUUUGCACAGCAGAUAUUGAUGUUAACUUGCCCAAAGCUGACAUCAAAAGCCCUGAUCUCGAUGUUCAAACCCCAGAGCUUCACAUUGAUAGCCAUAAAUUCAACUGGCCUCACAAGAAAUGGAAGAAGCCCAAAUUUCAGGGGCCUAAAGCAGACUUUGAUAUGGAUGCAGAUGUAAACACACCUAAUUUCAAUCUCUCUGCUCCAAAGAUUGAGGGUGACAUUAAUGCACCAAAUGCUAAGGUGGAUCUCCCCAAAGCUGAUCUUGAUGUAGAUGCUCCAGAUGUUAACAUUGAUCCUCCUUCAGGAAUAAAAAACUGGUUCAAUCUGAAGUUUAAAAGAAACAAACUUCAUACCCCAAAAGCUGAUGUGGACCUUGAUGCUAAUCUAAGCACACCAGAUGUUGAUCUUUCAGAUCCAAAAAUUGAUGGUGGGAUUAGCACAUCUGACAUUGAUCUGAAUUUACCCACAGCUGGUGUUGAUGUUAAAACACCUAAUGUAAGCACUGAAGGUCCAUCUGGAAAGUUUAAAUUCCUUUCUCUUAAAGGUUCAAAGAAGUCAUUCUCAGGUCCUAAGGUCAGUGGGACAGAUAUUCAUUUGGAUUCAGAUGUUUCAGCCUCAAAGAUUGAUGGUGAAAUAAAUGUGGAAGAUGUCAAUCUAAACUUACCAAAAGCAGAGCUGGAAGGAAAUGAUGUUGACAUUGAAGGCUCCACUGGAAAAUUCAAAUGGCUCAAAAUGCCCAAAUUUGGUACACUAAAAGGUCCGAAAGCAGACAUUGAUGCUGACAUGAAGGUACCAGAUGUUGACCUCAAAGGGCCUGAUGUGAGAGCGCAAGAUGUGAACCUUGAUGCUGGGAUUGAUGCUCCAGACCUCAAUAUCAGCACGCACAAUGUUGAUGUCAAAGGUCAUGAUAUAGAUGUUAAUGGUCCACAUCUUAACCUUGACCCACUUGAUGUUAAGACAAAGUUACAGAAACUCAAAUUGCCAAAAAUCAGAGGGUCAAAAGUAAAGGGUCCUGAAUUAGACGCUGAUGUAACAGCAGACCUAAAAGCACCAGAUUUAUCCUUCAUUGACCUACCUAAAGUUGAUCUGGGUCAAACAAAUGUAGACCUAAAAGCACCAGAUUUAUCCUUGUCGCCACCAAAAAUUGAAGGCGGACUUGAUACAACAGGUCUUGACAUUAAUUUACCAAAUGCUGAUGUCAAAGGCCCUGAUGUAGACAUUGAAGCUCCAGAGGUUGAUGCCUCAGUUGGGAAAUUCAAGCCACUUAAAAUAAAAAUGCCAAACUUUGGCUUUUCAGGGCCAAGGGUAAAGGAGCCAAAGGUUGAUCUUAAAUUAGAUGGUGGUGUGGACCCUAAUUUGCCCAAAAUCAAUGUAGAGAAACACAACCUGGAGCUACCAAAAGCAGACCUCCAACCUAAUCUCAGUUUGAACACAUCAGACCUCAGCCUGUCUUCAUCAAAGAUUGAUGGGAACCUUCCACUGUUAAACGUACAGACUAAGCUCCCAGAAGCUGAACUGGAAGCACCUGAUAUCACAGGAAAAGCUGUAGAAGUGGCAGACUUCAAAGGACCUAAUGCACAGUUAAAAAAACCUGAGCUUGAUAUUGAUCCACACCUUGGUGACUUUACAUUGCCUCAUUUCAAACUACCAGAAUUAGAUCUUUCAAGUUCUGAAGUAGAGGUUCCCAGUCCCUCAGUUGAGGCUGGAGUAGAGACACCCAGGGUCAGCAUAGGCGCUGCUACAGCAGAUGCCAACACCUCUGUUCCUGCAGUAGAUGUGAGUUCACCAACGUUAAAAGGGGAUAUUGAAGGACCAAAAGUAGAUGUGAAAGCUCCAGAUGUCGAUAUCAAUCUUGAAAAGCCCAAAUCGUCACAUUUCAAGCUUCCAAAAUUUAACUUUUUAGGGUCUAAGAUAAAAUCUUCAGAGGUUAAUACCAAUGCAAAUUCUGAAGAGGGAAGCGGUGUUGACUCUGAAACUGACACUGAGGUGGAGGUUCCUGCAUUUGUAUUCCACAGACUGCCUAGGAACAGCAUUGAUGUCAUUGGAGGAAUUGCUGAUGCUUUUGACUCACCAAAGCCUGACACAGAUGAAAAGGACUAUGUCAUCAGCAAAGGGAUCCGCUUGCCAGUAGUAAACGCAACAUCGAAAACAGGAGAAAAGAUUGAUAUUAUGGAAAGAUUGAAAAUGGCAAGGGAUAAAGCCCCCUCGACUAAUGUCUCACCAACUGAAGAGAAAAAUGAUUUUGGUCUGAAGUUCGCUGCCCCAAGCCUUGAUGUCGGUGGCUCUACAGAAGCAGGAGAUUCUGCUUUAGUGAGAGGAGGUACUUUCAAAGUAGAAAAGCCAGACUCUGUGGUGGGCCUGGUAGCCCCUGAAAUUUCUACUGAAGUUUCAGAUGAAAAUGACAAAAUGUCCCUCAGCCUCUCAAAUAUGCUCGGCCUUAAUAUCAAGGAUUGA